AGUGAUAAACGUGGAUCGCCUCCAUGCCAUGCUGCACCGAACCAGAAAGUCAUACCAAUGAAGGUCCAAAAUGAGUAAAUUUUUAAUUUUAAAUAUAGAUUUUUUUUGUUGGCUUUGUGUGAUCAUGUUAAUUUCACUAGAAGCUGAAUUUGGUUGUUCAGUAGCCACAACAAUAAAAAGUAAGUAAAAUGCAUUUCAGUUUAGUGAAUCUAUGCCACAUGUUUCACUUUCUGAACUAACUACCUGAAGUAAAAUAACUCUUUGAAAAUAUUCCGAGUUGCGAUCAACCUCCAAACAGGCUUAUUGAAAGCUAUAAUGAAGUUUGGAAAUCAAGGUAAAAUCUUUAGAAAGGAAAAAAAAAACAUGAUCUGAGUAGAAAGUAGAAAAGAGAGAAGGUGGGAUGCAAGCACAGUGAGAGGAGAAAGUAAGAAAAGACGUUCGGGAAGAGAGAGGUGGAACCAAUGAAAUGCUGAUUUGUGAGCUACAAGAGAGACAUGAACGGAGGGGGGUGAUACGGAGAGACGCGGCGUUUGGAAAAAUAAAGGAAGAGCGAAAAUUUAUUCACUUCCACGCUUGCUGUCUGCUCCCAAACGGCGUGACAGUGCCACGAGAGGGUCGUCAGUGAACUCUCCCCCUCUAUACCCCCACAAGCGCAUUUCUACAGCACGUCGCGGCGCGGCUCAGACUCGUCCUGCGUGCGGGGCGCACCACACGGCACAAACAAACACCCAGCCAGGCUUAUCACGCAGCCUCCGAGUCCGCAGAGGGGCAAAGGGCCAUGGAGAGCGCCGCUAACAGCUCAGACCUCCAAAGCCAGCUCCCGUUUAUCGGUCAGAACAGCAGCAUCUGCCGGAACUUCACCGACAACAGCAGCUUCGCAGAGAUGCGAUGCGGCGGCGACGGGAGCGGGAACGACGGUGUGCCCCGGAGCCUGGACGGAGACGCCAACCCGGUCAUCAUCGCUAUCAUUAUCACAGCCGUUUACUCCAUAGUUUGCAUGGUGGGGCUGGUGGGAAACGUGCUGGUCAUGUACAUCAUUGUGAGGUACACUAAGAUGAAGACAGCCACCAACAUCUACAUCUUCAGCCUGGCCCUUGCAGACGCCUUGGUCACCAGCACGCUUCCCUUCCAGAGCGUCAACUACCUGAUGGGCACCUGGCCGUUCGGGGACAUUUUGUGCAAAAUGGUGAUGUCCAUCGACUACUACAACAUGUUUAUCUCCAUCUUCACUCUCACCACCAUGAGCAUCGACCGCUACAUCGCCGUGUGCCACCCGGUCAAGGCGCUGGACUUCAGGACGCCGCGGAACGCCAAGAUCGUCAACGUCUGCAACUGGAUUCUCUCCUCGGCCAUUGGACUCCCGGUGACGUUCCUGGCCUCCACUGUCACCAACGCCAACAUUAUCGACUGUAAGCUAGACUUUCCCAGCCCUGCAUGGUACUGGGAAACCUUAAUGAAGAUCUGCGUGUUCAUCUUUGCCUUCAUCAUGCCCAUCCUCAUCAUCACCGUCUGCUACGGGCUCAUGAUCCUGCGGCUCAAGAGUGUCCGAAUGCUGUCGGGCUCCCAGGAAAAGGACAGGAAUCUUCGAAGAAUCACCCGCAUGGUCCUGGUGGUGGUCGCCGUCUUCAUCAUCUGCUGGACCCCGAUCCACGUCUUUGUCAUCAUCUCUGCUCUGAUCAACAUCCCCAGCUCCACCCUGCAGACCAUCACCUGGCACUUCUGCAUCGCCCUGGGCUACACCAACAGUAGUCUGAACCCCGUUCUUUACGGCUACCUGGACGAGAACUUCAAACGUUGCUUCCGUGAGUUCUGCACCCCGAGCGCUUCGGUGCUGGAGAUGCCGAACUCAUCCAGAACCGGAGCCAACAGCCGCAAGGCCCCAAGGCGUGAACACAACGGCACAAACACGAGCGAGAGAUCCAAUCAGCAGGUAUGACUAGCCUUGGAGGGGUCGUCGGUGGACUCCCGCUGCUGCGGAGGAGGAGCUGCCAACGACGAUCUCAACUCUGAAGUCACGCAGGUCACCACAGGGCUAUAACUAGUGCACGGAAACCACACAAGCAAGCCUCAAAACACAGAAAUACGGCACGGGAGAGCACAGAUCACCUUCGCCGCUCCCAGCUUCUGUAGUUCUGCUGGAAGUCGGGUUGUAAACCUGCAACUUCAUGCUUUGUGAUUCGAAACAAAUGAUUCUGACAUCAAAGAAACAAAACAGCUGGGAGAGAAAAAAAUAAAUAAAUCAAGAAUCAUCAAAAAAUACUCACUUUUCUAGUUUGAGAAGGACUGUAUGCUUUACAGGUAGAAAUAUUUCCUGGUACCAAGACAAAAGGAUUGAUUGAUCUAUAAAACCACCUUUACAGCCUGGUAAUAUGGUGCUUUCUGCCUUAUUAACCCUAACCCCCGGCCCUAGCUCUCAGCUUAUCUGUAACGCUUUAUGAUGAGCUAACAAAUCAAUUGUUUGCCUUUGUUCGCUGGUCUUCAUGCCACUUUUCCUCCAGGUGUUCUUUUGAGGAUGGAUUUGGCUGAAGAUUGUUGGAAAGAAAGGGUUUGUGUUUGUCACUGCUGGAAGACUGCGCGGUAUUUUUGGCCUUCAAAGAGACGUCGCUGAACGGGAGGUGAAACUCGAAACGAUUUUCCCUCCGCUGCGCUUUUCAAAAUGCCUUUGUGCGGCUGCGGCGGGGGAGGGGACCUCACCUGGACAGUUAACACCGACCGCUCCGGCUUCAGCCACUUCAGGGCUGCCCCUCCCGUUGCCGUACAGAAAGCCAUCCCAUUUCCUCGCCUAAGAUUUUCACUGCGGUGGACGAACGAAAACUGGAGAAAUUUCUGAAUGUACAUAAAGGGAACCAUUUGUGCUUGUCGCAGUGAAUCAUUCUGCCAAACUGUGCUCCAAACCAGCAAGAGGACGCGUCUGCCUGUCUGUGCAGCCUGCACAGCAUGCCAUUUUAGUGCAAACAAUUGUCUCUGCUGGUGUAUGAUUAGCCGCUGUGGAGCAGCCGUUACAGCAGCUAUAGCUUUUAUAUGAAGGAACUUAAAAGUCGAGCCAAACAGGAGCGUACAGCACGUUGUGUUAAUUCUUUGUAAAUAUGCUUGUGCCGACAUGUUGUGUAUCUACAUGUAAAAUGCCUUGUUCAGUCGCUCUGCUUGAUAUUCGCUAAACCAUAUCUAUAUUUUUUAUAAAGCUCUGUAAAAGAGAUGUAAACCUGUGUUAAGUGUUCGUCUGCUUAAAUAUAUGUGGUAAAUGCAAAAUCAUGAAAAUUAUCGUCGCCAAACGGAGAUUUGUUUUUGUUGUUUGUUUUUUUUUCUAAUCAGACGUGUUGGUAACUGCAAAUGUUUUCAAAUCGAUGUUAGAAUGUGACAAACUUUAUGCUUUGAGUAAAAUGUGUUGCUGACGUCACUUUGCGCAGAUAAUUGGCUAAUUUUUAUUUGCACGGCUUUUCAGCCAUCUGUAAAAAAAAAAAAACAACUUUUUUUAAGAAAUAAAAUGUCAAUUGUAAUUUCUCGCAGAUGGCUGAAAACGUGACGGUUGCCACCAUCUACAUAAUCCAUAAACUGUAUGUUUAGUACUUUUAGACGUCUAAGCUCGAAAAGGGAGAGUAGCGACACGUAGCGGCAGCGUUUCCAUGGAGCAAUCAACCCAACCGUAGCGGCUUUGAUUGAUUUGUUCUUCAAGAAAACUCACAGAGCAAUUAAAGAGGAAAACAACUGGACUCUUCCGUUGCACAACUCAUGCACCAGUACAUAGUAAACAAACUUAAUCUGAUAAGUGGGCAGUACCUUUAACUUUAUUAAAGCGCACAAUUUCCAAAGACAAAAUGUUACCCCAGAAGAUCCAGAAUGUCAAAUAUCAUAAAGAUUUGAGUUUUAAAAUUUUGAAACAUAGGAAGAUUUUUUUUUUUUUUUUCUUCAAACAAAAUCUCCUUCUGGCUAUAGCUACAAAGUUAAAAAAAAGUUGUAUUUGAACAAACUAUUUGAAAGAAAUCUAUGUCCCAAACCAUAGACAUGGUCCUUAAGGUAGGGAUUAUAAAUUUUGCAAACAUGAUUCCAGCACUAUGUCUGCAACGUGGAGAUGUUUGUUUUGCAAAAACGGAACAACAGAUUGUGACGAAACUUUGUGGUUGAAGUGACUGGCAGAAAAUUAAAUAUGCGGCAACUUAUGAAAUAUCAGGAAAUCCGCAUUUCAUAUAAAUUGAUAAAUAUCUACAUCUCUUUGGAGGAUUAUUAUGCAAAUCGGUGCUUCGGUUUACAUGUGAAAUCUUAGCGCGUGUUGACAUUUUUUGACAAAAAAUUUGUGAUGGAGCCAGGAGUUUGUAUCAGAUACACCAGGAUCAUACCAAUAAGAUGAUCUAGUCGUUACAACAUUAGUACUAGACUGAUAUGGUCGCCCGGUCCCAGAAAAGGGUCCAACCAACUUGAAUUCUUGCAUAUUUUUUAAAAGGUAAACAAGCAAACAUCAGUACAGGUUGAACAGUAGGAAGCAAGAAGCUCACAGCUCUGAUAAACGGCUCUGCAGAGCAAUGAAACCUCGCUGUCAGGCAGUUUGAUGACUUUAAUCCCAGAACAAUUUUCUUGGUUAAUUUUUAGCAGCUUUCAUUGGUGCUGCAUUUUUCUUAAACCCAGAGUCUAAAAACCUGACUGCUCAAUUGGCAGUGCUGACGUUACUGGUGUGGGUUUUGCUUCUCAUUGGGUUGAAUUAUGGAAGAAACAACAUCCAACAGGACAGACGCGAGACAAAGUGAGAUAAAUGGACAUUUAUACAUUCCUUUUUUCCCCCCCAGCUUUAUUAUGAGAAUGUAAAGACGAUAAUAUAAACUGAAGAAAUAAUGACUGAGAUCUUGUGGAAAGACAAAAAAAUUAGGGGGAAAAAUAGUUUUCAAAUAUUUUGAGAUGAGUAAAAAUAUGACGGCUUUGGCUUACUUCAACUGUUCUUGUCUAAACUGUUGUCAAAAGGAGAGAUUUAAUCCAUUUCUUACUUUAACCUUAGAGGCACCCUGGAACAAAAUUCAGACAGUUGUGUUUCUAUGAUUUAAGAGGAUGUUUUUUUUAUUUGGACUAAGAAAUACAACAUAACCACAUUUGAAAGACGUGGCAAUCUCCCUGUGGCUGGAAAACAUCAGGUGUUGGCAUGUUGCGUUGAACCCUGACCUCCCUUUCCCACUGAUUACAAACACGUUUUAAUUUUCAUACAAGGCUUACUUUAUUAUCUUUGUUAAAAGGCAGACAAAACCUCCACUUAUUUUUUCUUCCUAUUUGUAUUUGUUUGGUUUUCAAUCCCGUUUCUUCAGAACUUCAGAAGUAAACUUUAUGCAAAUGACAAAAACAUUAUAUUUUUGGGGAUAAAAUUAAACUUAAGGAUUUUUUUCCCCCCAUAAAAUCUCCUGUAUGCUUUUAAACAACACAAAACAAAACAUGUCCUUCAACAUUUCUUUUCAGGCCAAACUAACUUUCAAAAAGCAUUUUUCAAACAGUAUUACGAUUCAAUUUUCAUGUUCAUCCCUUCAAAAUUGCAUUCUUUAUUUCCACUAGAAGACAUUUUGUCAAUAUCUACCUUUGUAGUUGGUUUUUUUUUUCAGUCUAAAAGAGAAAGACUUUAUUCAAUAAAACUUGUACUUAACAAGUAAAGAACUCAGCCUUUAGUUAGAUAUUAAAUUGCAUUCAUAACGAAACAUGUCGAUACUUUAUUGGACCAGCUGGAAAAGAGAUUUUGCUUUGUCUGAGGGAAGCAGGUGGAACAUGAGCGAAACAAGGGCCCUCAAGAGAUAAUAUGCUGCUUUCAUGAGGCCAAUACAUUGUUUUGAACAAUUAACCCCUAAAAUGUCCUGCUUUUUAGGACAUAAUUUAGAUGAUUUACAAAAAGACACAAACAAAAAUAUGACAAUAAUAAAAUAAUAAAGACGAUUCUCCACAGGGAGCUGUGAUUGGCGCCCACGAAAGCAAAGUUACAGAUUACCGCUACGGGCCUGCUGCUUUCUGUGAAUAGUCUAAAAUAUAACAUUGUUCCUAAAUUAUUGCUUCUGUAAUAAUUUAGAGACCUGAAGCCCGGAAGGCAGCAGAAGCUGCGUGGCAGGAAAAUAACAUAACGAUGUUGCAUUUGCAUUUACUCAUGGCACAAGGAAGACAAUGACUGUUCAUUUCUGAGCCAUCUCAUCUGCGACGCGUCUUGACUUGCUGUGUUGUCGUAAAUAACUCGUCCCGUGACUUAUUCCGUGCCACGUGAUCCGGUUUUGGAGCUGCACGAAAUCUGCUGUCCAGACGCUGGUGUCUCGUUAAUGGAUGCCAUUCUACGAUGCUUUACUAAUAUUAUUAUGGAAAAGAAGAGCAACUAUAAAUGUCACUGAAUGUCUUUCUUUCUUUCUUGCUCCUGAAUAAACAAUCAGCUGCUCUGAAGUUUCAGCGUUUGGUAUAAAUUUAUGAACGACGGUCUGCUCUCCACCAAACACACGAUAAAAAGAUCUUCAUCUCUGUGCGCUGAGAUAUGAAGAGGA